AUGGCGCAGGAAAGUGUUCUUGAAGUCUUGAAAGCAGACAUGGGCAUCAUCAAGGAUGAACACCGCAGAUUGAAGCCAAGUCACGCGCAGAGCCCGAUGACAUCCAAGUUGAAGAUUCUGCUGCUGGUGGUUUCAACCAAUCUGCUCUCCGUUUUUCUCUUCGCCGGGAGUUCCGGUUGGGUGGCGCCGGCUGUGCAUUUUGUCGACUCCGGCACGCUCCUCCGGGAGCUGAACGCCACGCAACGCCAGCUGUCCAACACCCUGUGGCAAGUGUCGCAGCUCAGCAAGCUCUUGGCAACCGCUAACUCCCUGCUCGAGACGACAUUGACGGACAUCGGCAAGGCCCACCGGGAGGAGGAGGAGUCGCCGGACGAGGACCUGGAAAAGUGGGCGCGCCGGCUCACCGGCGAGCUUAAACUCGUAGUUGGGCCCCACAAGUUCCCUCUCGGGUACAACCCGAACAUCGGCUCCGACGAGCUGUAUCCCGUGCUGGGCACCUCCUGCCGCCGGUACGAGGAGGAGCUGGUGAAGUACAUGAGCUACGAGGUGGGCGGCGAGUGCCCCUCCGACGAGUGGUUCGCGCAGCGGCUGAUGCUGAAGGGGUGCGAGCCCCUGCCGAGGCGGCGGUGUCAUCCGAAAUCACCGGUGGGGUACGUGGAGCCGGCGCCGCUCCCGGAGAGCCUGUGGGCGAUCCCGGCCGACACGAGCAUCACGUGGGACGCGUACACCUGCAAGAACUACUCGUGCCUGGUGAACCGGGGGAAGGCGCAGGGGUCGUACGAUUGCAAGGACUGCUUCCUUCCGGCCAGCGUUCCACCGGAGUUUCCGGAAUCCGAUGCGAUCGAACAUGGGCGCGUAGGUGGCGUUCAGCUGAUGUCCGAGGCAGAAGAAAUGAUCGAGCCAGAAGACACCGCCCGGCCGCAGCACCCGGUAGAUGUCAAACAGGGCGAACUCCAGCAUGGCGUCGGGGAUCCAAACGGCAGGCGGUGCGCGACGCUGAUGUGCACCAUCAGCGUCGCGCACCGCCUGCCGUUCUACGACAACACGCUCGACCUGGUGCACUCCACGCACGUCCUCAGCAACUGGAUCCCCGACGCCAUGCUGGAGUUCGCCCUGUUUGACAUCUACCGGGUGCUGCGGCCGGGCGGUGUCUUCUGGCUCGAUCAUUUCUUCUGCCUCGGACAUCAGCUGAACGCCACCUACGCGCCCAUGUUCGAUCGCAUCGGAUUCCGGAAACUCCGGUGGAACGCUGGCCGGAAGCUGGACCGUGGCAUCGAGAAAAACGAGUGGUACAUAUCCACCCUCCUCGAGAAGCCCAUGACAUAAUUAAUUAAUCAGCCUUCUCUCCCGU